GCGCCGAAUCAUACGGAGUGAAGCGCGCGGAAAGCAACAUUGAGGCUGCGAAAGAAUAAUAAUACUCUGAACUAUUCAAAAUAUUUGGGAUUUGUUAAGUUGGAGUAACUUAGUGCAAAAUCGCAACAUGCAGCGAAGCAUAUCGUCAUUCUUUCAGCCAAAGAAAGGCAUGGAGAAGAAAGAUGAGAAGGUCAAUGUAAAGCCUGAACCUGUGAAAAGCCCUCUCAAAAUGCAGAAUGGUGUUCAGGAAAGUGAUUCACCAGUAAAGAAGGUUAACAAGCGUAUCCGACCAAUCAUAGACAGCGAUGAUGAAGAUCAACCGGUGGUAAAAGAACAAGGGACAAAGCAGAGUGAUGCCCGAGUGACUGCGUCCUCUCCAACAUCUCCAAAAUCCCCCAUAAGUCUGUCGACACCUGUCACUUCGAGUAACUCUGUUGGCAUGGUAACCCCUGCUUCCUCGGGCACUCCAGGAACACCAGCGACUCCGACAUCAACAUCCCCAUCGGGCAUUCCCAAACGACAGACUGCCCGGAAGCAGUUCCCCAAGAGAAAGCUGGAAAGCAGGAGCGAUGGAGAAGGAACAAGAGAGGAGAAAGGAGUAGAGGAAAAGCAAGAGAGUAAAAGAGCUCGAGUAGAGGACUCGCCAGGUCAGACAGUGAACGAGAAGGAGAUGAUGGAGAUAAUGGAGGUGGAGGAGAAAAGUGGAGAUGAAAAGCUUGUGGUGGAGGAACAGAAAGAGGAGAAUGAAGCAGAAGCAAGUGUAGACUUGCAUGUCAAUGAGAAGAUGAAAAAGAAGAAGGGUGAAAACAGUGAUGCGCCAGAGAAAAAGUUAAAUGGAGUGAGUAAGAAAAAAGAGAAGGAGGUUUCGAAAGAGAAGGUCAAGAGCAGCCCUGAAAGAGAGGUGAAGAAAGACACAGAAGAAAAGGAGGGAUCAGCUAAGAAAAAACCCAUCAGCAGCUUUUUUGCUCCCAGAAAAGCAGCUGUUAAACUGGAGAAGGAAGAACAGAAUGAGGGAGAGAGAAAGAAGACUGGAGAGACCUCUUCCGUCUCUGAACAGAAAGACAAGAAAAGUGAAAAGGAAGUGGACUCUUCUGCUCAGACCCAGUAUGAUCCCUCGAGAGCAAAUUACCAUCCCAUUGACCAUGCCUGCUGGAAAAGGGAUGAAAAAGUGCCGUAUUUGGCUGUUGCUCGUACCUUUGAGAAGAUUGAAGAAGAUUCAGGCAGACUGAAGAAUAUCGAAACACUUUCUAACCUUCUGCGCUCUGUAAUCCUGCUCUCACCAGAUGACCUGCAGUGCUGUGUUUACCUGUGUCUGAACCAGCUUGGACCAGCAUAUGAGGGUCUCGAGCUGGGCGUCGGGGAAACCGUCCUGAUGAAAGCUGUCGCUCAAGCCACAGGGCGACAGCUGGACAAAAUCAAAGCGGAAGCUCAAGAUAAGGGAGACUUGGGAUUGGUCGCUGAGAGUUCCCGCAGCAACCAAAGAAUGAUGUUUGCACCGGCCAAUCUGACGGCCCGUGGAGUAUUCAGUAAACUGAAGGAGAUUGCCAACAUGAGCGGCAACUCUGCUAUGAAUAAGAAGAUCGACAUUAUUAAAGGCCUUUUUGUGGCCUGUCGUUUUUCUGAGGCCCGCUACAUUGUGAGGUCAUUGGCAGGCAAGCUGAGAAUCGGAUUGGCUGAGCAGAGCGUUCUCGCAGCUCUCAGUCAGGCCGUGUGUCUGACGCCCCCAGGCCAAGAGUUUCCACCAGCUGUGUUGGAUGCUGGUAAAGGAAUGAGUACAGACAGCAGGAGAGUUUGGCUGGAAGGGAAGGCACUGAUCCUGAAACAGACAUAUUGUGAGAUGCCUAAUUAUGAUGCCAUCAUUCCUGUCAUGCUGAAAGAAGGCAUAGAUGAACUACCCAAUCAUUGCAAGCUCACCCCAGGUGUACCCUUACGGCCAAUGUUGGCUCACCCAACUAAAGGUGUUGGUGAGGUAAUGAAACGAUUUGACGAGGCUUCUUUCACCUGUGAAUACAAAUAUGAUGGAGAGAGAGCUCAGAUCCAUAUUCUUGAGAAUGGAGAGGUGCAUGUUUUUAGCCGAAACCAAGAGGAUAACACGAGCAAAUACCCAGAUAUUAUCGCACGGAUACCACAGGUGAAGAAAGCCAGUGUGCGCUCCUGUGUUCUUGAUUCAGAAGCGGUUGCUUGGGACAGAGAAAAGAAACAGAUUCAGCCAUUUCAGGUUCUCACCACACGAAAGAGAAAGGAUGUGGAUGCCUCUGAGAUCAAGGUUCAAGUGUGCGUGUAUGCCUUUGACCUGCUCUACCUGAACGGAGAGUCUCUGGUGCGAGAGCCUUUGAGCAAACGCCGGGCUCUGUUACGAGAGAGUUUCGAGGAGAGGGAAGGAGAGUUCGUCUUCGCGAAAUACCUCGAUUCUGACAAUACAGAAAGUAUCGGCGAGUUCCUGGAGCAGUCUGUACGAGAUUCCUGUGAGGGUUUAAUGGUGAAAACGUUGGACAAACACGCAACGUAUGAGAUUGCAAAACGCUCUCACAACUGGCUGAAGCUAAAGAAGGAUUAUCUGGAUGGUGUCGGGGACACUGUUGAUCUGUGUGUGAUUGGUGGUUAUCUGGGAAAAGGAAAGAGAGCAGGAAGCUAUGGAGGAUUUUUACUGGCCUGUUACGAUGAGGAGAACGAAGAGUUCCAGUCUGUCUGCAAGAUCGGAACAGGCUUUAAAGAUGAAGAUCUGGAACAACAUUACAAUUUCUUGAAGGAGCACAUUUUACCUAAACCGCGCCCAUAUUACCGCGUGGACCAAUCGGCAGAACCAGACGUUUGGCUGGAGGCGGUGCAAGUGUGGGAGGUGAAAUGCGCUGACCUUUCACUGUCACCCGUCUACAAAGCAGCGAUGGGAUUGGUGGACCCAGAGAAAGGGAUUUCACUCCGUUUCCCAAGAUUUCUCAGGAUCAGAGAUGACAAAAAGCCAGAAGAUGCAACCACAGGGGCACAGAUUGCUGAUCUCUACAGAAAACAACAGCAGAUUCAAAACCAGGGUGACAAAACUGAACUUGAGGACUACUACUAAAUCUUUCUCAAAAUGGGCAGUAAAAGUUUUCAACAUUUUGUAGCCUAUUGACAUGUGCUAUGUUUUAAUGCUGUGAUAUUGUCAGAUUCGAUGAGAAAUUAACAUGUAAAUAGUUUCAGUGAUGAGAUGGAGCUAAAAUAAAUACUUACUUUUCACAAA